AUGAGUAUUUACUCGAAGAUUCAGAAGAAGAAGAUAUCGAUAGAAGCUCUAUCCCAAUUACUCGUAGAUGGAUCAACAGAGAUCGAGAAGCAGGUUUCAAAUGUCUAUCCGUAUUUCCAACAGAGGGUUGAUGCAACUGGAAGAAGAGACUUGUCGCCACUCCAGAAAUGUACCGCUGCGAUACGAAUGUUAUUAUAUGGCGUAGCAGCUGAUGCUGUUGAUGAUUAUGUGCGCAUAGACGAGAGCACUACAAUUGAAUGCUUGGAAAAAUUUGUUGAAGGUGUCAUUUCGGUCUUCGAGGAUGAAUACUUGCGAAAACCGAAUCCAAAUGACGUACAACGCCUGCUACAAAUGGCGGAGGGUCGUGGCUUCCCUGGCAUGUUGGGUAGCAUUGACUGCAUGCAUUGGCAAUGGAAAAAUUGUCCAAAGGUGUGGAAAGGUAUGUACAUGAGUGGUUAUCGUGGGGUUGCAACCAUAGUACUUGAGGUUGUAGCAUCUUCAAACCUUUGGAUAUGGCAUGCGUUCUUUGGAUUAUCUGGUUCAAAUAACGAUAUUGUUGGGAAUAAUACACCAUUUUCCCUUGAGAAAAUACCUUUCACAGAGAAAUAA